AUGUUGGAGCACAGGGUCUCGAGGCAAAGCGGUGAUUUGAACUUUGUUCUCGAGGACAUGAAUUCCUAUCUCACACGUCUUAGCACCGCAGGAUCCGCUCCUCCUCUGUUUAAUGCCACAGGUGGAGGCCCUAGAGAUGGUCAUGUUGGUCUUUCUGCGACAGGAAGCACUUCACUGCUAUUCGAUCUUUCACACGACGAAGCAGUGGAUCCAGCUUACGUAGACCUGCACAGGCAUCUGAGCCGAUAUCAAAGUGUUGGGAGUGGGACAGCCCCAGACUCACCUCCGCGUGCGCCUGACCGAGCUAGGCUAACUGGCUAUGAAGAGUUGCAUCAGGACCUUAAUCGAGCGCGCCUGACUCAUGGAGUGCAGAGGAAAGUUCGACCGGAAGGCGAAUCUGAUGAUCGUGGAGGUCUUUCUCCGUACGGUGGAUAUAGCCGCGACAGC